AUGCGCACAAUAACGAACCUGUUUCUGGUCAACUUGGCAAUCAGUGACCUGAUGCUGUCAAUGCUCUGUAUGCCCUUCUCCCUUGUGGCGACCACGCUGCUGCGAAACUUCAUAUUUGAAGAGGCCAUGUGUGUCAAAAUCAUAUACUUUCAAGCGGUGUCGGUCGGUGUGAGCUGUUACACCCUGGUUGCUAUCUCCCUGGAACGUUAUUACGCCAUAUGUGAACCACUGCGGUCACGACGCUGGCAAACACUCUCGCACGCCCGUAGAAUGCUGAUCGGCAUCUGGGCCAGUGUCCUCACCGUGAUGUCCCCCAUCGCCAUGUUCCACAGGGUAAUUAAGAUCCAGACUGGCGGCCAGGCGUGCCGGGAAGUAUGGCCGGAAAUCUUGCUGCGCUUUAAAAUCGACGUUAUGUACAGCAUUUUAUUGGCAGUGAUUCUUUUGCUACUUCCUCUUCUGACGAUGGGAUCGUUUUAUAGCCUUGUUGCCAGAAAACUCUGGAUGGUUUCUACACAAAUGGAAGCACCAUCUGACACAACAUCGCGAGAGAGGUUCAUACGGCAAACACCCCUACUGAAUGAACGUGGUGAAAGCACUCAGUCAAUGACACUCGACGAAAAUCGUACAAAUCAUGACCCGUCGAGUCGGAAACGAGUUAUUAGAAUGCUAGUGGUGGUCGUUUUACAGUAUUUUCUGUGUUGGGCUCCAUUAACACUUCUCAACUCAUGGGAGGCAUUUGAUUUCCGUUCUGUAUCUCUGCGCGGAGGUUGUACGUAA